CAAUUUUCCCUGCUUUUAAUUGUACCCCAAUUGUUUAUAAACAAUGCGGGUGUUUUUAUCAAAGCUAGCUGGUGUAACCGGCUAUGCAAUACAAUAUUACUGCAUUGCGCAUUGCACAUUCGAGUACCUCGGCGAUUUGGUGAUGUGUUCCGGACCAUCAAUGGAACCUACAAUUUACUCCGAUAAUAUUCUCUUCACGGAACAUUUGACGCCGCUGUUUAGGCGUCUGGAACGCGGUGAUAUUGUAAUAGCAAAAUGUCCGACCAACCCGAAACAACAAGUUUGCAAACGUGUAAAAGGACUUCCCGGAGACCGCAUCAGAGUUGGCUAUGCAUCCGUCGAAAUAGUUCCACGAGGACACGUCUGGUUGGAAGGUGAUAAUACGCGAAAUUCAUCAGAUUCCAGGAAUUAUGGACCGGUUCCACAGGGACUCAUCAGAAGUCGCGCUGUUUGUAGAGUAUGGCCAUUCAAUGAGAUAUCUACGUUAAAAGAUGAAUGAUAUUAGUAAUAUUUGUUAUAAAGAUAGAGUUUCAACAAUAAUAAAUUAAUGUUAUUAUAA